CUUUUAAUUUUCUCCGGCCAGAGGUAUUUAAUAGCUUCCGUUUUCUUUUUCUCUUCUUAUGGCUGUGAUUUGAUUUACUCCUUGGGUCUCUCUCGAUCCCUCCGAUGAUGUUCUGUCGUUUUGCGGUUUUUGUGGUCGUGAUCAGAAAUUUCUGGUCGCGUUUGAAUUUGUUUUUCUUUUCUUUGGCGAUAAUUAUCGAAUUGCAAUCGAAUUGAUCUGUUUCGUCGUUUGAAAUCUCCUGAUGAAUCGAAUGUUUAUGCGUUGAUCCGAUGAUUGAGAACCCCUAGAACUGUUUCCGAUAAGUUAAUAGUUUCAAUUUAUUUUAUCAAUAAAUUAAAAAAAAAUUGUCUCUUUCUUGUUUGAUUAUCAUCUGCUGAGAAUGUAGUUUUCAGUGGGAUUAUGUUCAUGCUCGAAUACCGUACAAUAUAGACUGAUUUGAGCUCGUCCUUGUUCUGUUUCCUUGAUCUUUGUUUAACAUUUGGGUUGUAUCUAUUCGGAUGUAAUGGAUUAUGGAUUCUUUGGCUUUCAUAUUCAUCUGUGUUAUUUUGUUGUGUGAAUUAACACUCGUUUCUAUUGAUUUCAGUGUGUGGGAUGCACAAGGAAAGAGGGAAAAUGCCGGUUUCUAGCAACAGAAAUAGAGUAUCGCCAUACCCGCUUCGCUCUUGCAGGAACAAGAAACAAAAAGAAGUCGAGGCGUCGUCGUCACCUGUUGAGUUAGAGAGUGUUAGUGAAUGGGAGGAUGUGAGGUGUGUGAUUUGUAUGGAGCCUCCUCACAAUGCUGUCCUCUUGCAAUGCUCUUCUUUCUCCAAAGGAUGUCGUGCUUACAUGUGUGAUACAAGCGCUCGUCACUCCAAUUGUUUCAAGCAGUACCGCAGAAGCAACAGCUCAAGCCGUUGUAGUGGCAAGACUCUACAUUGUCCCUACUGCAGAGGAGAGGUUCAGGGGACUAUGAAGUCGACUUGUGCUCGGAGAUUCAUGAAUGCUAGACCGAGGUGUUGUACUGUUGACAAGUGCGAUUUCUCAGGGACCUAUGCGCAGCUGAAAAAUCACUUGAAAACUGAGCAUCCUGGUUUUACACCGCCAAAGUUAGACCCUUGGGAGCAACACAUGUGGGAGCAGUUGGAGAGAGAGGCGGAGUACAUUGAAAUGCUCAACGCUCGUCAGAGAUGGGAUGCAGAACAGAGAUUGUUGGCGACUUCUCUCCAUCAGCUUCCAUAUCGUCAUCCCAUGAUUGAUCUCAACUUUGAUGCGUUGGUGCAUAAUCUGUUUCUUGGUGCGUCCAUGGAGAGCCGUGCAAGCACCGACAAUUACCCGGCUCACAUACCCCGUCUGGAGUUCCAUGCCCCCAUGUAUCCCAGAUGGACGCCAUGAAGAUUCUGAGUGCCAGAGUCUAUGAGGAAUUCUUCCAAAAGUUUUGAUGUCUCUUGAUUUUUAUCAUAAUGUAAUGUUCUUGUAGCGACAUCAGUUCUUGUUCUAGGCAUAAAUUUAAUAUUGUUUGUAUGUUAGCUUCUGUUAGUGAAGUCUUCAUAGCUAGGAUCAUCUUUUGCCUAUUCAAAAAUCUCUGCUUAAAUCAAAUUAUUCACAUUCUUCGUA